AAAUAUUUCAUCGAAUCGGGGGAAAUCACAAUAUAAACAUAGUAAAAAUUCGAAUUCUGUUUUUAAAUUUAUUUUCAUCAUAUAUUAAAAAUUAAACUGAAUUAAUAUAAAUUAUAUAUAGUAUUGUUGUUAAAUUGAAUAUCAAAGAACCACAAGAUCAAAUAGAAUCGAAAUACAUUUAUUUACAUAAAUAUUCAAUGUUAUCUAGAGAUGUGAUACUUUUGACAAUAUUUUGUAUUACAUAGAAACAAUUAUAUUUAUAUACAAAAAAGUUUAAAAGUAUUGAAAAACGAAAUAUUUCAUCAAUAUAAAAAUAUGGAUAUUGAUGAGGAACAAGUUAUUGAAUAUCGUAUAAUGAAUGCAUGUACAAUGGGUCAAUUAGAAAUUAUUAAUGAAUAUCUUGAAUCAUAUGAUAUAAAUAAAUUUUUAUACAAUGGAUGGACUCCACUUUUAUAUGCUACAUCUAGUGCACAAUUAGACGUUAUUAAAUAUCUUGUAAACAAUAAGGCUGAUGUCAAUAUGCAUAAAGAUGGUUAUACACCAUUAAUGGCAUUAUGCAGUUCUAAUAAAGAAACAAUAGAGCAACGUAUAAAAUGUUUAACAAUAUUAAUUGAAGCAGGUGCUAAUGUAAAUGCAAGUAAUAAACAAAGACAAACACCUUUAAUGUAUGCUUGUAUGUCACAAGAAUUAAAAUUUGUAAUAGAAUUAAUUAAAUAUGUAAAAAAUAUUAAUGCAUAUGACAAUAGAAAACAAACUGCAUUGAUGUAUGCAACAAUAGCUAAUAAACCAGAAAUAGUCAAAAUAUUAAUAGAGAAUGGAGCAGAUAUCACAUUAACUGACUUCAAUGAUUUAACUGCAAAUGAUAUAGCUUCUAUGAAAGGAUAUGAUAAAAUAUCAUCAUUAUUGAACUUUGAUGAAGCAGAAACAAUACCUACUUAUCAAAUAUCUAAAAUGUGUAAUUGGAAAGAUAUGUUUCCAUCGUUAAUUAACAUAAACAAUCAAACUGUAGAUUUUGAUAUAUUUACAAUUUUACAUGGAAUGGGUUUAGAACAAUAUACUUAUAUUUUUCAAGGAAUAAAACUUACAGAAUUUUUAAUGUUAACUGAAAAUGACUUAUAUCAUUUAGGAAUGGAUAUUAAAGUACAUAGAAUUCAAUUUAUGGAAUGUCUUCAUAAAUUUCAUAGGAAAAAAUGGAGUAUACAAAGUAUUGGUAUUAUCAAUAAAUCGUUACCUUAUACAUUAUAUGAUGGUGUAAUUUCAUUAGGUAUAGUAUCUAAACAAAUUGCUAUUAUUGGUUCUAGUUUUCAGUAUAUUAAAAACAGUUUAUUAAAAGCAAAUAAUGAAAAAAUAUAUUUAACUAAAGAACAAAUAUUUAAUUACAAGCAAGAACUUAAAAAGACUCAAAAAACUCUUAAUUCUUUAAAAAAAGAACUUGUACAAGUGAAAAUACUUUCUAAAAAGAUUCAAGAAAAAAAUGAUAUUGGUAUGCCAGCAGCAUAUAUUGGUCCAAAAAAAUAUAAAAUAAAUUGGCCUAUAUUUUUAAGCAUUACAUUAAUUAUAGGAAUUUAUGUAUCUAAAACAAUUUGCAUUCAAAAAUUAAUACGUUAUUGAAAAUACAAUUGUAUUUAUUUAGAA